UCAAAUGAAACCCGUUUUAGGCUUUUAGCUUCCACAAGAAGCUGAACUAACUCUCUCUCUCUCAUCCUCUGAAAUGAUUCGAAAUCAGGAGGCAUUGGUUUUAUUGCUUGAUGUCAGUCCACCAAUGCACAAUUUUCUGCCAGAAGUUGAAAAACUCUGCUUCAUGCUAUUACAGAAGAAGCUGAUCUACAACAAAAAAGAUUUAGUUGGAAUUGUUUUAUUUGGAACUAAAGUUACUAAAAAUGAGCUGACGAAGAAAGUGGGGGGAUAUAAGCAUGUGCUGGUUUCACAGGAUAACAAAGUUGUUGAUGGUGAUCUGGUUGAAGCUGUACGAGAACUUCCUCGAGGGACUUUUGCUGGUGAGUUUCUUGAUGCUAUUGUUGUUGGGAUGGAUAUGUUGAUAAAGAAAUUUCUAUUGACAAAAAGGGGAAAGAUAAAGAAACGUCUUUGCCUUAUUACAAGUGCACUAUGUCCUACCAAGGGUCCAUAUAAAGGAGCAAAAGAAGAUGAAAUUGGCACCAUUGCUGAACAAAUGACUGCACAUGGCAUGAGGCUGGAAUGUAUAGUUGCAAGGGGGAGGCUAAGUGGCAAUAUGAAUAUGAGAAUAAUGGAGGAGAAUGAUCUUCUAUUGAAACUAUUUUCCAAGAAGACAAUUGCAAAGACAGUGUAUGUUGAGUGUCCUACUUCAUUAUUAGGCGCCCUUAGAACUCGGAACGUAGCACCUGUUACAAUAUUCAGAGGUGAUCUUGAAUUAAGCCCCAAAAUGGAGAUCAAGGUAUGGGUUUACAAGAAAUCAGCUGAAGAGCUCCCUGUACUGAAACUAUAUUCAGAUGAAGCUCCUCCUACUGAUAAAUUUGCCACACAUGAAGUCAGGGUAAAUCUUCAGUAUAAAAGUGUUGAAGAUCCUAGCAAAGUUGUACCUCUGACGCAAAGGAUUAAAGGUUAUAGUUAUGGACCUCAAGUUGUUCCAAUUUCAUCUGCUGAAUGGGAAGCUGUCAAAUUCGAACCAGAAAAGGGUGUGAAGCUUCUAGGAUUCACUGAUGCUUCAAACAUAAUGCGCCACUAUUACAAGAAGGAUGUCAACAUCUUCAUUGCUGAGCCAGGAAAUACAAAGGCUAUUCUUGCAGUUUCUGCCUUAGCAAGAGCAAUGAAGGAAAUGAACAAGGUAGCAAUUUUGCGCUGUGUUUGGAGACGAAAACAGAGAAAUGCUAUCAUAGGGAUCUUGACACCCAAUGUAUCUGAAAAAGAUAGUGUUCCUGAUUCGUUUUACUUUAAUAUACUUCCCUAUGCUGAGGAUGUUCAAGAAUUUCAGUUUCCAUCUUUCAGCAAUCUUCCUUUGUCAUGGCAGCCAAAUGAAGGACAGCAAGAAGCAGCAGAUAACUUGGUCCAGAUGCUUUAUCUUGCACCAUUUGGCAGAGAGGAAUCUCUCUUACCUGAUGUUACACCCAAUCCUGUUCUGGAGCGUUUUUAUCGUUAUCUUGAGUUGAAGUCGAAGAAGCCAUAUGCAGCUGUUCCUCCAGUUGACAAAACCCUCAAAACAAUAACGGAGCCUGAUCCAAAACUCCUUGCUCAAAACAAGUCCAUAAUUGAUGAAUUUAAAAGGCGGUUUGAACUCAAGCAGAAUCCUAAGCUGAAGAAAUCAACUAGAGACAGACAGUCUGGUGUGAAAGAGGAAGCAAAUAUUGGAGAGAGUAGUGAUGCUGGAGCCAUCAAUUCUGUUGAAAAUACAUCUGUAAUUACUAUGGUUAAGAAGAUUGGAGAUUCAACUCCUAUUCAAGAUUUUGAAGCCAUGAUGUCACACACAGAAAGCCCAGAGUGGGUUGGUAAAGCAAUCAAGGAGAUGAAGAACAAGAUUUUUGACCUGGUGCAAAAUUCAAAUGAAAGGGAUAACCAUCUUAAAGCAUUGGAUUGUCUAGUUGCCUUUCGCAAGGGUUGCAUCCUUGAGCAAAAACCGACAGAGUUCAGCAAUUUCCUCCUCCAUAUUUACAAAUUCUGCAAGUACCAUAAUCUCAACAGUUUCUGUGAAUCCCUUGCAUCAAAAGAAAUCAUGCUGAUCCCCAAGACUGAAGUAACAGACAGUGAAGUUACAGAAGAUGAGGCCAGAAGCUUUAUGGUGAAAAAGGAGCCUAUACUAGAGUAAACAAAAUAGAACCUCUUUAUUAUUUUUGGAUUUCUUGUAGUAACCAGCUUUGUUUCUGACUCCAUUUUGAACUGAAAGGCAGAAAACAAAAGAACAGAAAAGAAAGAAAGAGAGAACUCUUCUUUCAAUCUUGAAUUUGGUAUUUUGGAGGAAUUGAAAAUUCUGUUCCCUGGCAAAGUUUUGAGUUCAUUCUGCAGGGAAGUUUCUUAUCAUCCUAACCAAAGGAGUCACAUAAUAUUGAUUACUUAUAUAUCCAUUAGCUGUAUCCAAAAUUUUCCUCCUGUUAUUAUGGGGUUGAGCAGUGGAAUGAUUGAUUAUUGGUUCCUCAUAA